AUGGCAAUGAUGAAGUCUGGUUUUAUCUUGGUCAUGUCAAUGAUGUUUAUCAUCUCUUCAAGUUCAUAUGGUUACAAGUUCAACGUUGGUGGCAAAGAUGGCUGGGCUGUUAAACCCUCACAAUGUUACAGUCAGUGGGCUCAGAAAAAUAGGUUUCAAAUCAACGACACACUUUAUUUUAAGUAUAACAAAGGAUCUGAUUCAGUGUUGGUGGUAAAUAACCAAGAUUACAACUCAUGCAAUACCAACAAUCCAAUUCUCAAAUUGGACGGUGGAAACUCAAUUUUUAAAUUUGACAGAUCAGGUCCUUUUUUCUUCAUAAGUGGAAACGUUGAAAAUUGCCAAAAAGGUGAGAAGUUAAUUGUGGUGGUUUUGUCUCCAAACCACAAUCGUAAACCACGUCAUGGUCCUUCAUCAUCACCUUCUCCGGCUGACUCACCGGCGGAGAAUACUCCUUCAAAUUCCAGCGUAGACAUUACUCCGGCGAUGUCUCCGGCUCAUUCGGGUUCAACUAUGUUAAGUGGUUCUAUUGGUGUUAGUGUUGGGGUGGCUCUAGUUUUAGGAAUCUUUGUUUUCUAA